AUGGCUUCCUUCCUCUUGGACCCAACCGACACACGACCUCCGGUCCAACUAUAUCAACACCUCUUGCCCAACCGACGAUUCUCCCUCUCGACCGAAAUAGCACUCGACGCGCUCUCCAGGAUCGCACAUGCCGACGCCAAUCGGGCAGUAUUCCAGCGCACUGUCUCCCCGCCGCUCUUGAAAGCGGUAUUCAUGGCCCUGACCAAGAUGCUGCCCUCCGAACAGAAUGACAUGUUCCUCCUCAUUCGGUUCGAAUCGUGGAUGGCGUACGCCGAGAGAGUUUCGCUCGGGCUGUACGCUCUGGCAUGCUCGCUGUCUCCUUCUACGCGCGCCGACAUUCGGACGAACCACCGUGCGCUGGGAUCGUCCGUGCUGCGCAUGAUGUGCCGUAUGGCCAGUACGAUCCUUCCUCGGAAAAGACGAACACGCCGUGGGCGCAGCGGUCUCCACGAUCUCGAGGAGGAAGUUCAAGUUGGCUGGCCUGUGAGAGGAGGGAAGCUCGAAGGUGCCAAAGGGAGCGGCUGGUUGUCGGGUAUUGGGUCCGACGAUGCGUUGAUGAUGAUGAGCAUCGAGGGCUUGGAUAAUGUCUUGUUUGAGGAUCUGGAGAUGUUGACCCGGGUCGGGAAGUUUGGAAAAAGCAACAGUUUGAAUAUUGCUUAUUUGGGCAACUUUGCCGUCAAACGCCAUCCACUACCCAUACGCACAUAUACGUGGAGUAUCAAAAUUAAACAAUUGAAUUCAGCCCACAAACGCUAUAGCUAUCAACUUAGACUUUCCAUUUCGUUACGGGGCGGGAGCAAACUGCAAACUAUUUUAUAUAUUUCGGCACUCCUUUCGGCUGGCUUGAUGUAUGUCGCCCUUGCAACGAUCUGCGUGGCAGUGCUCAGGGUAACUGUGGAGGAUAAACGAGAAGAACCCUUCAUGAUUCCUCCACAACGACCGUCUACACGAAAGAAAUGCGACGAAACAAGGCCAGUGUGCCAACGGUGCAAGCAGGGCAAGUUCAAGUGUUUAGGAUAUGCCUACUUGGACUCGCUUGAGUCGCUCCACAACUCCCUCACUUCCAGGACAAAGAGAUUGGCGGAGACCCCACUAUUUUCGUAUCAACCGAUGCUAUUGCCAUCCUCCGACGCCCAAGGACUUCCACCAAGCGCCAAAUCAUCUCCGGCCCCAUUAACACCUGUCAAUCACCCUCAGGCAUUGAUAGCCCAUCCUGUCAAACCUCCAGAACGUAGAAGGUCGGAACUGGUGACGGCGGCCGUAACGCCCACCGGCUCUUGUGAACGGCAGCAUUCCGAAAGCAUUCCACGAAUAUUACGCCUGGAAUCUGAGCAUAUAAACAAGGUCGUCGAAUUGGUUCUGUCCCAAAUGUCGAGACUCGGGUAUAGAAUUUUUAUGCCGGGUCGGAUUCAAGCAGACGCUGCAGUCGCCCGACGUGCGUACCGCUCCGAUUUACUGAGAUGGUGCAUGUACCUUGGUGCCCAGAUUACACAGAUGCUGCUGGAUGGUUUGGGUCGAAAAAACUAUCUCGAUAUAAUUCGCCGUUUUCAUCAACAGAUCGUUUCAAACUCGCCCUUGGUCGUGAACUCUGACCCCACAACGCGCCUCAGUGGAGCCCUGGAUCUGUGCCUUUACGCGUGUAUGGUAUCUAAUAGUGCGGCAGGCUAUUCAAUCUUCAGGAACACCACGCCGCUAUGGUAUCAGCUUGCCGCCAACUUUCCUCUCGUUUGGUCACACGGCUCCACUGUAUCCCUUGCCUAUGCGAUCUCCGUUCCCAGAUAUGAGUUAUCCAAAUUCAUACUCUGGGAUAUUAUCUGUGCGCUCGCUUUUGGUACCCCUUCUAUCCUUCAAUACGAUACAACUUGCCAGCCGAUGAACGUGCACAAGAGCUACUUGGAAUGGGUGUACGGUUGUCCUUUGCCGUUUAUCGUUUUGCUUGCCAAGAUCAAUGCCUCACAUAAUCGUCCUCUUGUUCUUCGUGACCAGCACGAGAUUGAAAUGCAUUUGAAGCAAUGGGACUCAAAGUCUACAUAUCCGGAUAAAGAUUCAUGCAAGACUGUUGCGAGGCUCGCGGUACAAGAAUCCUGGAGGCAGGCCAUCUAUAUUUAUUUGUAUAUGGGUAUGUGCAACGCUGACUCGGCAGAUCCGCGUGUCGAGGCUGCUGUUCGACAGAUUUUCCUAUUAUCUAGCACAGUUCAAAGUACAAACCCAUUAGGGAUACAUCUUUUUGCACCGUGCUUCAUUGCCAGCGUAGCUGCUCGAGCGGAAAAUCACCGUGCCAUGCUUAGGAGCCGAAUAUAUGCGUACCGAGAGGCAAAUUCGUGGAUCCUCACGGGAGCUGACUUUGUUCCUGUGUUUGAUCACUUGUGGCGUGGAGCUGCCCGUGACGGCCGGCCAGUCACUUGGGAUGAUUACGCUUCGUCAACGAAACCGAAGCGUCUUCCCGGCCCGGCUGGAACGAGUUGCCUGACUUGUAAACGUCGGCGUAAAAAAUGUGACCAGGGCCGUCCAACAUGCCAAAAGUGCGUUGAGGGUGGUUACGAUUGUCUAGGAUACGAUCAUAUUCAGCAACGAAAAGCUGCCAAAUCGAACUCAGCAACCAGUCAUCAUGGGUAUAUGGAAGGACACUCUCGGCCACUUGCCAGCGUCAAUAAGAAUGAAGGUAGUAGUAUUGGGGAUAGCGAUCAACUAGCGGUCAGCUUCGCCUUGCGACCUCAGAAUACCCCAUUUGGUGGAUAUUAUGAAGCUCCCUUUUACGAACCUGCUGGAUGCAGCCCUUCAACAGAAGCCUCAUCUGAUUCAACUCCUAUCCACUCGUCCCUGGUGACUGUAAACAAUUCCCCUUGGAAUGCAUUGUCCUCGCCAUUAUUUGAUUCGCCGGCCGACCCCGAAGAAACCAAUGCCGAACCAUCGCACCUAUCUAAUUUAUAUAGACUGAACUUUCUGGUUGGCGCUCAAACUGCACAGAGGUUAUCACCCCUGUCCCUAGGCGAGAGACAUUCAAUUAAUUAUGUCCUAAAUCUGUUCGAACGAGUCUUUGACUCGGUCUACUUCAAACCUAGGGACCAUCAUGCAACAUUACUUCGGAGUGUGAUUGUUAAUCGCAUACAGGCAUCGAGUAUUACUCGAUGUGCUGUCGUUUUGGCUGCCAAGAUGGUCGAAUCUAUGCUUAAUGGGAAUUCUAGCAACAACCGCAUAACGUUCAAGGAAUCCGUCCACAGAUUCGAGAAUCAUCUUCAUGCAGUAAAGGCUGGGCGUCUAAACCAACAAGAAAUUCAGUAUCUACUUAAUGGUUUCCUGGAGGUUGCCUUCCUGAAAAUGAGGGUAUCAAACGGGUACAAUGCCUACAGGCUACUUCGCAACGCGGCCCCCACGUUCCUGGAAAUCGUGUACUCAGACCCUGGACUAUGGCCCGACCCAAGUGGGCCUCCUGCGGUUUGCAUGUCCAAAGUAAUCACCUCGACCCGAUUUGAGCUCGGUCAUUUUGCUCUUAUGGAUGUACUCUGUUCUAUGGCGUAUGGACUACCCCAAGUGGUAGACUACGAGACCGCCACCCUGAGUCCUGAAGCAGAAAUCCACCCCAUCGAAUGGGUUCAUGGUUGUCCGCUUGAGUUUCAGAUUUGCAUCGCCUUGAUGAACGACCGCUGUACAAAAAGCUAUGUGGCCCCCGACUGGCAAAUGAUCGAGCAUCGCUUACAGUCCUACAAAGUACGACUGACCCUUGUGGACCAGACAGAGUCUUGGAGGAACAUAGCAAGACUAGCAGUUGUGGAGAGUUGGCGCCAAGCAUUAUUGAUUUACUUGUAUAUGGCAGUCUGUGGGAUUUCAUCUAACGACAUUCGAGUUCAGUCGGCGGUACGACAAAUAUUUCAGCUGUUUAAAACAGUCAAAAGGCAGGAGCCUCCAAAAGUUAACGUCCAUUUUAUGUUCCAAUAUCUCAUAGCUGGAGCGUGUACGCGCAACGAAACGCAAAGAGCAUUGGUGAGAGAAAGACUCUUGGAUUCGUUCGACAAUGAGUGCUGGCUACUGCCGGGCAGUGAUAUGGUGCCAGUCUUAGAUCACCUGUGGCACGGUGCAGCAGCCAACGGUCGGCCGUUCAAGUGGAGCGAUUACAUCACUUCAAGACAAAUAGCACUUCCAAUUCCAAUAUAA